AUGUGUAACGCUUUGAGGUUAUGGAGGUUAGGCAGCGUGAAUAAUUUGAAUUAAACCGUAGAUAAUUUAAAUUGAAUUGAACGUAAUUGUUGUGAUUUUGUAGUCACGUGUGUGUAAAAACAUUCCAGGCACGCGCUCGUCCUGGCACAAUCGGCAUUGCCAUGGAAAUGCGAUUCUUCCAAGCGGAACUUGUGGCGAAUGUACAGAACACAAGCGAGUUACAAGACCAAAGAGUACGAAGGUCGCAAAUUAGUGGGCUUCUCAAUGGAGAAAAUGUACCGCGUAGUCGCCGACGUGGAGAAUUACAAAGAUUUUUUACCCUUUUGCACGAAAUCUGAGAUCACGAUGAAAACCAAAGACUUCCUGAAGGCGAACUUGGUGAUUGGAUUUCCGCCCAUAAACGAGAAUUAUACGUCGAAGGUGACCAUGGCGUAUCCGAGGAUAGUUAAAGCUGAAUGUAGGGACGGCAGAUUGUUCGAUCAUUUGGACACCCUGUGGCUGUUUAGUCCCGGACUGAAAAACAAUCCUGAAACAUGCGUGAUCGAUUUCUCGUUGUCCUUCGAGUUCAGAUCCGUCUUUUACUCUCAUUUGUCAAAUUUAUUUUUCAAUAAGAUUGUGAGGCAAAUGGAGAACGCCUUCCUUGAAGAAGCGACGAGAAGGUACGGCCAGCCGUGCUUAAAGGCGGUACGGCUGCAAAGAUGACAUGAGAUACUUUUUAGAGAUCAUUGAAUAAUAUUUAUUUUUGUUGGCUUAAUGAAUUUAGUGUUACAUAAUUAUUUUUAAAAUAAAUGUGUGUAAAGUUUAACAAGAUUAUGUAACGGAAAUUGAUGUGACGAGAGAUGACGAACCAAGUAAAUGCUUUUACCAUGGAACAUUUACUUAACAAUAAUUGUAUGAAACAAAAACAUUUUCUUUUGAAAAUCUAGUCAAACUUCCAUAAUAUGUAUAUACGAAAAAUCAAUGAAUUAUGAAGACUACAUUUAAUAUAAAAUGUGCAAAAAUAUGUUACGUGGAGCAUAGAUUAUUUACC